AUCACAGAAACAGCUGAGCGAAGUGCCAGUCAUUAGUAUUUGAAAAAGUGUCCCAAAACGAUUUUUAAUUUUUAAUUUCUUGGAGCUUACUGUUUCCACUUCAUAAAGCUUUCCCUUCUCUCUCUCUGUUCAGAGUUGACGAGAGCUUCUUCAGAAAGUAAGAAGAAGAGAAGAUGCUGGACGGGAUUCUAGGCCGAGGAUCUGGUGCAAAAUGUAAAUCGCUGAUAAAGUCGACGAAGAAUCAGAUCGAAGUGGUAAGAAGAAAGAGAAAUGCGACUUUGAAGUAUUUGAAGAAAGAUAUGGCUGAUCUCCUUGCUAAUGGCCUCGACAUCAAUGCUUAUGGCAGAGCUGAGGGACUGCUAGCUGAAUUGGACCAAUUGUCUUGCUAUGAUUUUGUUGAGCAAUUUUGUGAUUUCGUGUUGAAACAUCUAUCAGUCAUGCAGAAAUUGAGGCACUGUCCUGAGGACUGUAGGGAGGCUGUUUCAUCCCUGAUGUUUGCUGCUGCAGGAUUAAACAAUUUGCCAGAGCUACGCGACCUUAGAGAUGUAUUUUAUGAGAGAUAUGGGAGUUCUCUGGAAUUGUUUGUGAAUCAAGAGUUUCGUGAAAAGCUAUCGUCAAAGUUUGUGACGACGGAGAAGAAAAUUCAGUUAAUGCAAAAUAUAGCAUCGGAGUUCUGCAUAACAUGGGACUCCAAUGCAUUUCAACAGAGGAUGGCCAAAACCCCAGAAUCUAAAAAGGACAAUCAUGGGUGUUUACACAGCAAUGAUGACAGAUACAUGCCUAAUAAUGACAAGGACACCAUCCCAAAAGGACAUAAACAUGAUUUUCCAUCGAAAGAAAGACUUGAAUGUGACAAACACGAGCCAGUCAGGGCCAGGGAAGAAAUUGUCUUUAGAAGGGACAACCGGGACAUUCUGUUCCAGGGAAGGCAAGAAGCCACGCUGGAGAAACAUCAACCUUGGAAGGAGGAUACUCCCCUGAAAACUGUUAGACUAGGUAGUUCAUCUCAAAGGAAAAGAAUGGAAAGUGUGGAUGGUGGAUCCAAAAUGCUAGAUGGUAGGGAGAAUUCUGCUCCUAAAAGGGAUGACAAGGACACAAUAAUUCGUGGAAAGCCAGAUAUCACUCCUAGUUAUGGAGGAUUAUGGUCAAACAAUGAUUCAUUGACAGCACACAACAAUUAUGGUGGACAACACAAAAUGGAAAACUCAACAAGAGAUGUUUUGAAGGAAGAAGCACAUAAGCUGAAACCUUACUAUAACAAUGCUAUCCCCCCUCCCUACACUAAAACUAAUUCUAAACUGAAGGAUACCAGACAUGGAGCCAGUGUAGGGUCUUCCCAGAUUGGUUCUGACAUUAAUGCAGUUCAGAAAGAUCCUUCAAGGGAUAACAUAGCCAAUUCUUGGAACAGCUCGGAGAAAAUCCAACAAGGAUCAUAUCUGCCGGAUCAUGAGAAGCAGAAUGUUGGACUUACAAGACAAGAUGAUCAUGGACAUGAGAAAAGUAAUUAUUAUCAGAAUGAUGGUAUUGGUAACCCCAUACCAAAACCAAGAUCCAUGAGGCGGAGACACUCAAAGUCACACUCCACUCAUGAUGAUGCUGGAAAUUCGGAAGAUACAGGUGGUGUGAAGAGAAGGUCAAGGAGCAGGAGAAGGGGGGAUGACUCAAGAAAAGGCCUGCAAAUCUUGUUUGAUGAUGAACACUAUCAGAAUGAUGAAGAAGAAAGGAUGAUAGAUAAACUUUUGAUACAUUACAGCAAGAAACCUUCUGCGUUUGAACCUGGAAAUGUGGUGAGAAGAAAGUCAAAAAGCCGUCACCCACAUCAGCAAGGCACUACCGAGGCAGAUAAAUCCCCACGACAUACCAGCAGGGACGGGCCUGAUGAAAUCUCAGAGACGGUUUCUGCACCACCCCGAUCCAUUUCACUUCCUCAUGAAACAAAUUCAUCAGAGGCAAUGAAAUUGUUUACUCGAGCUGCUUCUUUUCAGCCAGACAGAUCAACCGCAGCUCGGCAUGUGCAUCCUAAGUUACCAGAUUACGACGACCUGGCAGCCCGUUUUGCAGCCUUGAAGGGGAGGUAAAAUCAUUGAGCAAUCAGAUUCAGAAUCUUUUAUCAUUGCCAUGAUCGCAUGCUGUAGCCGGAAUCUUGCACGUGUUCCUUGGAGAGUGGUUCUUUCGCUGUCUUUGAGGAGGAAACAGGGCUUUUCUACUUGUAUUCACUGAAGUAGCAGGUUGGCUUUUUCUACUUGUGAUUUCUAAUCCUCUGUAAUUGAGAGGGGGUGCUGUGCUUCACACUGGCAUUACAUAUCUCUGCAAUCUAUUGACAUUGGCGUUUACAUAGCUUGUAAUAUCUGUUCUAUUUCUAUUCAAUUUUCACCCAUUGGUCGAGAGAAGUUGAGAUUAAGAUUGGUCUUUCUGUAAAACAUUUCCUUUUCAUAAUAGCAAUUACUUGAGAGAGGGCAUUGUACUUUUUCA